AAAAAAAAAAAAAAAAAAACUUCCAUAGGAUGAGUUGUAUCGUCAAUUGUUGGUUGAUUGCGUUUCAUCAAUAAAGUCAUCUAAUAUAACAAAUAAUGCAAUCCUUUAUUCCAACUUCCCUACCACCGAAACGAAGAUUAUCGAAAGCGCAACGUGAAUCCAGUAGACUCUUGGACGGUUUUUCAACUAACAGGACGCGACCAAUUGACACUUUGAGUGAAUCCGAUUUGUUGGACCUUCGUUCAAAAACCAAGUCCAUGCUCGACAAUUCAACGAUCGUGGCUACCUUACCUGAUAAAGGAUCGAAACUCAAGGAAAAGAUCAAUACAAUCGACAACCUGUUGGCUUCCAGAAAGGAUACACCUGACACAGUGACAGAAAAAGUCUCAAAACUAUCUCUAGAAAACAACAAUCGACCUAACAUUCGGAAGAAAUCAGUUGCAGAUGCGAAUCUGGAAGCUUGUCGCAUAAAUCUAUCAAGUAACAUGUUACGAGCUCAUGUCGGUGGUACUAGUCAUCAGAAUGAUUCCAAUACAGGUGAAAAAGAUACAGGUACCUCUAGCGUUAAAGAAUAUGAUGAUGGGCAACAGGCCAAGGUGCGGAUGAUUAGUUUGGAAGAAUCUGUUCGACUUCAAAAUUAUCAACGGGAUCGACUCAAGGAAGAAGGAUACCGGAAACAAUUGGAAAAAUUGAAUAAAUCAAUACAUCAGGAUAGAAGUAUCACAGAUGAUAUUAGUACUACAAUGAAUAGAUUACAACUUGAUUCUACACCACGUGUAUACCGACCUGCCGAUGACAAUACAGAUGAUGAUGAAGGAAGCGAUGAGGAUGAAAAUAGUGACAAUGAUUUUGGACUAGAUAGUGCUUACGAAGAAGAUGAUAGUUCUAUCCAGGAUGAAGAAUACGUACAAGAUGAUUACGACAACAACCAACGAUGAUACAACUUUGAUCAACUUUAUUUUUUUUUUUUUUGUACAUCAAUCUCUUCAUCAUUCCCCAUUAUGUAUAUUUUUUAUAUCUAGAAAGUUGUACUCUUUAUUGUCUAUUCCUAUUACUUAUAUUGUCCUUCCAUCCUAUAUAUACAUAUAUAUUAUACAAUCAUCUAUGAAUAAAUAUAAUAAUAACAAUACAAACAUC